CCCAAUGUUAUUGAGUUUGUUUUAUUUUCUCACAGAUUCGCAAAAGUCCCGAGUGGCGAGUUCGUCGUAUACUCAAAUAUCGCAAGUCAACACGAUAAUAACUAUCAAGUUAAAAAAAAACAAACGCAAUUACUUUUUCAUCUUUCAUGUAUUAGCUUCCUUUUUUCAAAAGCCGUCCAUCAACGUUCUGUCAUAAUCGCGCUAGCCGCGUUCAUAAUUCACAUGCAUCAAGUCCGCCGCACACAUAUUACCAUAAAAAACUUUAAUAUUACACGCACCCCUUAACACCAUUUGUUGCGUUCAGCCGAUAUUAACGAAAAAUAUUGCCGCCAUACGGCCAAUAUAUCAUAGUUCAAUGCAAUUUUAUACAACAGGCAAUAUGUUGGCCACGACUCGACGUUGAGAAGCAACCAGUUUUUAUACUUCCUUAUCACAGUAAAUAGGUCCUUAGUAGGCUAAUAAAAAUAGAAAGUGUGCUUAGGCACAUUCACAAGUUACAAACAGGCGCAACAGUGGCUACCAAGGCAAUUAGCAAAUGUUUACACCACAACACCAACAACUGUCGCCUAAUCGGGCGUCAAUUAAUAUGCAAUCGCCUCAGGCUAGCAACAUAUCGAGGGGUAUCUUUCAGAGAGGUGGAUUUGCUACCAACCCGGGAGCAGACAGGCGAGGACAUAUGCCGGGAAUUGCAUCACUCAUGCAAGAAUGGAGUUCAACAUCAUUGGCGAAUAAUGCAAUGAACAAUUAUGGUGGGUCAAGUUCAAAUAACCGAUCAACAUCUGGUUAUAAUUUGUCUUCUCAACAUGGUUUUCAUUCAGCAUUUGGUAGUAACCAUGUAGACAAUGGUAAUUCAGCACCUCCUAUAUUAGACCCGUCCGAAUUCCCUUCUCUUACUACAGGACGAAUAUCAAGUAGUGGACAGGGUGAUAGUGUCCUACAUUCCAGCACAAUGCCUGCCGGAAAACCUUAUGGUAAACAUUCACCAUUCAAAUCAUUUGAUCAGCUGUUCAGUAUGGGAAUGGUGAAAGCUCCAACGUCUGAAACCAGCGAAUUUACAAUGAGCAGUAAAGACUUUCCAGCGUUACCCGGUACCCAACCUCUUAAUGUAACAACCUCGUCUUCAACAACAGAUCCAAAUCAACAAUCCACCAUUAUAACUUCUGGCUCAACAAUAAACUCAUUAGAUCAAAAUGGUAUGCAAAUGUCCAAUGACCAUCUAGAUCAGAGACUGAACAAUCUAAAUAGCCAAACGGACAACAAUUCUCAAGAAAAUGGAAACUCGGAUAUUAAGAAAGGAGUGCAAACAUCCCCUGAUGGUAAAGUAACUAAUAUACCAGGUAGUAUGGUACGUGAUCAAUUUGGUAUUGUUGGUCUGUUAACAUUCAUUAGAGCAGCAGAAUCUGAUCCUAACUUAGUAUCAUUGGCUCUUGGACAAGACUUAACUGCACUUGGACUGAACUUGAAUUCACCAGAAAACAUUUAUCCAACAUUUGCUGGACCAUGGGCAGAUGCACCAUGUAGGCCCCAAGAUGUUGAAUUUCAUGGGCCCCCUGAGUACAUUAUUAACCAUGGAAUACGAGAUAAAUUAGCACAUAUCAAGUUAUCCAGAUAUAAAGAAGAUUUAUUAUUCUACUUAUUCUACACUAAUUAUGGUGAUGCAAUCCAAUUAGCAGCAGCUAAUGAAUUAUAUUCUCGAGACUGGCGUUACCAUAUGGAAGAACGAGUAUGGAUUACUCAAGCCCCUGGAUUAAGUCUAAUAGAAAAAACCAGCACUUAUGAACGUGGUACAUACUAUGUAUUUGAUGCUUUAACGUGGCGUAAAGUUCCCAAGGAAUUUCUAUUGGAGUACAGCAAGCUGGAGGGUCGACCAACUGUGCCUAAUGUGCCACUUACUACACCUAAUCCGCUCUGACAUAACGAGCACCGUCGGGGCAUGGAUGCAAUUCCAAUAGCUACCGACCCUGAUAUACAUCAGCCCACGACGGUAAUUCUCAAUGCAGCCAUCGUCAACUCCUAAGCCUAUAAAAUAUUUCCCUUUUCUCGUUAUCAAAUCCUCUCAGAACAACACCCUCUCCCACCCUAUACCCCAACAUUCUCCUAUGAAACAAUACAAGUAUUUAUGUAUAAUUGAAUAGGUUUUCUGUCAUUUCUCAGGCGGAAUACUUGCAUCGUAAUUUAACAUUUAUUAUAAAUAAACAGAGUUAUUUAUAGUCAUUUUAUAAAAGAAACUUACGUACAAUUUUGUAAAGACAAAAUAAGAAAAAAAAAUCAUUCUUCAUUUAUUAAGGUAAUGUUAUUUGUUUUUAAGUUGAUAAAUAAAUUUUGAAACAAUA